GCGCGGAUUAAAAAUACCUUAUUCCAUGACUUUUAAUCUAAGUGGAAACAUCCCCUUGGACUAAUAACUCUAGCUUCAGAGUUAGCGCUGCUGAUGUGAAGAGGUUGACGUAGGUAGACUUAGCCCGUGCUAUUAGCAGUCCUCAUGGGAGAUAAACGCGAUCGUGCUGCAAAGGCGGGUAUUGACGAGGGACCGCUUGUCCCCAACAAGAAAGUUCGCACGGAUACGGACAUCGUUCGAGGAUGCGAUCUUCAGGAUGUCAAGACCCGGAACCGCCAGUUGAGCGCUCCAAUCCUGCAGUUAUCUGGCCAUGCUGGCGAAGUGUUAUCACUACGGUUCAGCCCAGAUGGGCAAUACCUCGCGUCAGCAUCAUUUGACAAGGACAUCUUUUGCUGGCGUGUUUACGAUGGAACUGAUAAUUUUAUGGUCCUAAAGGGACAUCGGAACGCUGUUUUGGAGGUACAUUGGUUCACAGGUGGCGAAAUGCUGCUCAGCUGUGCCGCGGAUAAAACGGCGAGAUGCUGGGAUGUUGAGUCCGGUUUACAGGUUAAGAAGCUUGGCGAGCAUACUGGCAUUGUAAAUAGUUGUUGCCCACUGCGGCAUGGAGCCAAGAUGUUUGUGACGGGUGCGGAUGAUACAACGGUCAAAGUGUGGGACAUGAGGGUAAAAAAGUCAGUCCUCACAGUGCGGGAUGGCUUUCCGGUGUGUGCAGUGGCGUUUGCUGACACCGAUGACCAGGUGUACACUGGUGGAGUGGAUAACGUCAUCAAGGCAUGGGAUUUGCGCAAGGGCUCUGGUUCCGAUCCCGCUCUAUUGCUGAAGGGUCACAGCGACACAGUAACAGGGUUGCGGCUGAGCCCGGACGGCUCGCACCUUCUGUCCAAUAGCAUGGAUAACACGCUGCGGGAGUGGGAUGUGCGGCCGUAUGCACCGCAGAGCCGUUGCACUAAGGUGUUUACAGGUCACCUGCACAACUUCGAAAAGAACCUUCUACGCUGCGACUAUUCUUCUGACGGUAGCAGAGUGGCGUGCGGCAGUGCAGAUCGCAAGGUGUACAUUUGGGAUACCAAUUUGCGCAAGGUGUUGUAUGCACUACCCGGUCAUACUGGCAGCGUCAACGAGGUGGUCUUCCAUCCCAAGGAGCCUAUCAUUGGGUCAGCAUCGAGCGACAUGACCAUUUUCCUUGGAGAGCUCGUGUAAUGACGACUGGAGCCACGCCCGGCCUUGAGUAAUGGCUCGUGUUGUAGCAGCUCGUCCUUCCUGCAUUUAAGUGCACGCUUGGGAUAGUGUUCAUGCGGUGUAUUGGAUGUAUUGCGCGGCAGCUAUGGGGCGUCUUUUCCGAUGGUGUUUGUUGCUGGGACGCCUCCGCCCAUCAUUAAGCUAAAAAUUAUGCUUACAACGAUUGUAGUCGGAAUUCUUCCCCCAAAUUGCGUGUGCAGUUUGCAUAUGGGCCUAUAUGAGAUGGAAUGUAUGUAAUUGUGUGCCUCGAGCCAUUACAGCUUUAACGCAAUCCCAGCGG